GAACCGGCGCUGGCGCUGACGAGUGAAGAGCCGGGGUGGGUGCCGAACAACGAGCGCCGCGGGUGCAACAUAUGCCAGAAGAAGUUUGGGCUGCUCCGACGAAAGCACCACUGCCGGCUGUGCGGCGAGGUGGUUUGCGGGGACUGCUCC